UGGAGAUAAACCUCCUGACAUAACAGCAUUUGGGUUGGACGUUCGCUCGGGGUUUACACAGCUGCUGAGAGUUUACGAAACGAGCGAUUGGCUAAAUGUCUCGCAUCAAUCGGGAUUGAAAUGCAAAUGCCAAACUCAGAGCGGGAUAUGUCCGUCUAAACACAUACGUAAACAGAGCGGAGUACAGAUUGCUUUCAUGUGCUGCUCAAAUACAACUCCACGCCAGCAUCAGUUGGAUGUCGCCGGUGAGCACUAGAAUACUGUUUUGACUACUGCUCCUGCCAAUUACUAUAAUUAUGUUUAACACAGAAUGUCAAAUUGCUCUAUAUUUGGAGAUGAUUUUCCCGAGGUGCAGUUGGCUCAUGCUCCGUCGCUCCUGGAACAUGCCUGUGCAUAAGUGGCCUGAAACUUAACCCCUUACAGGCUCUGACGCUCAGCCAUAACACAGACUGGAGGAAUGCCAGGCCAGUCCUGUUUAACAAAACAAUAUCUGCACUGAGAAGUUCCAGAGACCUUUUUUUUUCCUCAAGGUAGCGUAAUGCUGUAAGCAUACAGUAUGUGGUAAUAGGAAGAGACACAUUGUGUAACUGGAACAUGAGCAAAUUAGUCAGUCUCAGGUAUGGAGCACACACACUUUCACACACACAUAUUACACAGUUAUGAAUGGUCCCACAGCACAUACACACCCACACACCUACAUUUCUGAAGGCACAAACUUCUCACACAAACCCGAAUACACUAACUCAAGCACAACAUACACACACCCAAACACACCCCCCUCGUCUUACAGCCCUCGCUCGACUUCCUCCCAGAUUUGACACAACCGCACCAUGUGUUUCACAAUCGGUGUGCCAGGCUCGGCUGCACCUAAUUCAAGUCUUUUCCCCCAUUAGAGGGAACGCAGCGGUGAGAAUGCCUUCCACCAGCAGCGGCAUUAGUUCGUUUUUUUAGCCCAGACGAGUCGAUUCAUCCCAUCAGCCAUACCAUCAACCCAGCUGUGUCUUAAUCACCAGGGGUUUUUCCCGACAGGGAAAAGCUGGCCGUGGCUCGCCUGCAGAGGGAAGUUGCACGGAGCAAGAGCGAAGGAACAAUGCGAGAAAAGCUGAUCCACGAGCUAGAGGAAGAGCGACGCCUGCGACUGGAGAGCGAGAAGCGUCUCCGGGAAGUGACGGAGGAGUCCGAGCUGGGACGGGCGCAGAUGGUUUCACUGCAGCAACAAUUCUCCAGGAUGGAAGAGACGGUGCGGUCACUGCUGCAGAAUCAGGGCGUCCUGGAGCAGACUGCUGUGGACACAGUGGACAUCAUGAAGGCCUAUAAGGAUAAACUCUCCGAGGAAGUGCAGAAACAGCACGAUGGCCCCGAAGAGAACAGCUCCCUGCCGGCGACUCAAGCGGAGCCGGACCUGGGGCUGCUGCCGAACGCCGAUCCUGAUGCCAGCCAAGCAGAGGAGGACAAAGACAAAACCAAACCCCUUCUGGAGCGCCUCAAGGCCCUGGAGGAGGAGAACUCCGCCUUGGCCUCGGAGAACGAGAACCAGAGGGAGCAGUACGAACGCUGUCUCGAUGAGGUUGCCAAUCAAGUUGUGCAGGCGCUUCUCACCCAGAAGGAUCUGAGAGAGGAAUGUCUGAAGCUGCGAACCAGAGUUUUUGACCUCGAGCAGCAGAAUCGGGCGCUGAGUAUCUUGUUCCAGCAGAGGAUCAAGCCUGCCUCAGACCUGCUUCUCCAGAAACUCCACUCUCGGAUCAUGGAUCUGUCUGCAGCAGAUUUGCUUCUGGAGCCAGAGAGAAGCAAGGCCUUCCUGCUUUCCAGGAAUACGGACUCUCCCUCUAACGAGGUUCAGUUGAACGGGAAGGCAGGUCUACCUGUGGCUAAGUGUCUGAGCCAGCUGAGUCUGACAGUGCCGGCGCCUGUAUACCCACGCAGCAGCUGCAGCAGCAGUGAGUUGUCCCUGUCGAGCGCGUGCAGCGAAUUCUCCAGCGGCUCGUACACCUGGAAUGAUGGACGCUCCUGUGGGAAAAUGUCGUCUCUGACCUGGGAGAAGAGGCUGAGUUUGGGUUCAUCAGCCCCUAGCAACAUCUGUGCCCCACAGGAGGAGCAGCUGCCCACAAGGCGCAAGGAGAGCCACAUACUGGAGGGACUGAGAAAGCUCCAGAGGAGGAAACACAGGAGCUCAUCUUCUUCGUCCAAGGUCUCCAAGUCAGGCUACAAAGACUGCAUGAACUCCAAUGAGGGCAUCUACUCCCUGGGUAUCAAGAGUAGCAGUAAAGGGGUGUCCAAGCCCACCCACGUGGGUCGAAGUUUGGCUGCUGGGGGCAAGAAGUUCUCUUACGACUCUGACGAUGCAGAUGAUGAAUUGGCGCAUUCCAGUCGUGGAGAUAACAUCCCCACCAAGGACAGCUGGUUUUACUGUAAGAGGCGCUCCCACAGCAUCUCAGAGAGUUUAUGUAGCUGGGAGGGGACACAGGACAGUGGGGGUGGAGGUGGAGGUGAUGAUAGCUCAGGUCCCAUGGCUGCAAAACAGUCCUCUGGCUAUGACUCAAAAGAGCGUCCUGAGAAACUCAUGAGUUUCAUUAACAGUUUUCUCCCUGAGGGAGGGCGGACAUCAGCUUUUACUAAACCAUCCAUGCUGCACUUCAACCCCUCUGACCCAGAGGGUCCCAAUCACCUCUCUGAUGUGGAUGAUCCAGAGGAACUGAACUCUGAGUCCAGUGACAUCCGAAUGUCCUUCAGCCAGCCACCAGAGCAAGCAGAGAGGGACUCCAAGAGGCUGUCGAGGGAUUCUGCCAAGCUGCUUGCACAACAGUGCUUGCGAAGAGACCAGGGACGCACCCAGUCUGCAGAUGGGAGGCCCCGGCCUUUCAGCCUCAUUAAGGAGCCCAAAGCGGCCAAAUGCACUCAGUCUGAGGAGAGCAUUUUGGCAAUAUUUGAUGCAGAAGGAGAACCUAUUGAACUUUGUGCGCAGAAACUAGGUGCUGGGUCUCGAAAUGACAUUCAAGGUAGCAGAGGAGUGGCUGAUUACACAGAGCUGGUGCCCCAAGAGAGACCAACAAGACAAAAGUCAGCAAAUACAAGAAACUACAGUGUUCUUGAAUCUCCGGAAAAGCCAUCUGAAUAUCACAUUAGGACCGGCAAAACGAGCAAUAGCAGAGAAGGCAGUGCAGAGAGGCUGUCAAUGCAGUUGACUCCACAAAGGAAGCUAAUCAAACCUCCAAGCAACCGAGCUAAUAAAGGCCAUUCAAUCCCUCCCAUGAAUGAUUCUGCUGGUCCCAAGUCCAGUGGUUCAAAGAUACCGGGUCGUAACAAACCUUCGGGAUCUCCACUGAGAUUCUCCAAGGGCUCCACUAUUGAACACAGUAACAGUGGAAACUCAGGACCCUCUGGUCAGGAGAAAUCCCCCUCAUCUCCUACAGUUAAAAUAUCCAGGUUCAUUAAGACGCCAGGAAACUGCUCACAGAGCCAGAAGGCAGUGAAUUCCAAGCUUCCCAGCAGGGCUGAAUGGAGUAAGGGCUCCUCCUCUGGUUCCCCACACCUGUCGAGGAGGCACCUGGAGUAUGCUGAUAAUGGCGAACAGCCAACCAGAGACAAACACUGUGAAACCAGCAAAAAUAAACUCAGGUCCCCUUCUCCUCCCCCUCCCCCAGGCCGCACCACCUCCUUACUGAUCAGACCAAAUUACGAAGGGUCGCCUCAAGCACAUAAAACAGGGGUGGCUCAACCAUCCACACCAACCACUGUGAGGGGCCCUCCCCCGAGUUACCACACCUCACUUGUACCAAAUAUGCAAACUACGCUACCCAUCAAGGAUAAAGACUGUUUAGACUUGGAUGCAGGCUAUGGGACUGCACUUGCACCUCAGAAACUGGUCGACAGAGCCAGUCAGCACCUUCAGAAGUCCCCCGCCAUGACUCAGACAUCUGCUAAAGGCACUUCCAAGCGAAUGACCACGAAAGACUACCUCCCUUCUGCAAACUCAGGGUGUGCUCCAGAACCUGAAAAUGCACCUAAAAGCUCAAAGAAUGUCCCUCCUCCCUACAGUGCCCUCAGAGGGUCCUCACUUCAGAACUCAUUUGCAAGUAAACAAGGAUCAACCCAUGAAAAUGUCCAUCAGUCAGUGCAGAAGACCUCUAUUAGUUUACCUGUAUCACUUCAGGACACCCCUCAAGGUAAAACAGAACCACAGAAUGGAAAAGCUGUAGUCAGCCCACCCAGCUCAGUCAUGAUGUCCCCUAACUCAGUGGAAAAAGCCUCAAAGACUCGCAUCCCAAUGGGGUUUAAAGCAUUUUUAAAAUCUCCCCCCAGCCAUAAAAGCAGUCCUUCUAUACCAGGCAAGCAAGAGAAAGAUCAUAUCAACUCAGUCUCUAAGGAGACUGUGACUUCAAAUGCUUCUACCCAGUGUGACAGCUUGCAGCCAGUGUACAGUAUUGAUUCACCACCCAAGAUGUCCAUUACAGAGGGGAAAGGUGAAGUCCAGUGUAGGUUACUGGAGGAGGAAGUAAGCGCUGCCGUGUUACCAGAGGAGGGGGAUGUGUGCGAAAAGGGGAAAAGGAGUAGUCAACUUUUCUCCAGAUCCAUAUCUGUUACGACCAAACCUCAUCUAAAGCCGGCCCUGGGGAUGAACGGAGCCAAAGCCCGCAGCCAGAGUUUCAGCACCAACUACAUUGAGAAACCCAACAUCAACGCUCUAGAUGGACCGGGAAAAAUCAGAACGCAGAUCAUCACCAACUCAGGUGAAAGGGGGAACUCUCUGUCAAGACAGAGCUCCUUAGAGGUACCAAGUGUUUCUUUGGCUGAGAGCCCUGUACAUUCCCCCAGGACCAGGCUUAGCCACUACGGUGGUAUGACAGGGUCCAAUAGUCAUAACAUCCUUCCUGAGCGAUCCUCUAAAUCAGGCUCCAAAGGUGAGGGGACACAGGGUACAGCAAAAGGGGAGGGGAUCACCACGCCUUCUCAAAAAGAGGUGCGCAGCUUACCCAGCAGUGAUAGGAGUGGUUUGAGCAACAUCCGUAAGCCAGCAAAAGUUGCCUCUCAUCCACAGUUUCAGCCUCCCCCUUCUUAUAGCUCAGAAAACCCAGUGCGAGAGACAGGAGUCAUAGCAACCACAACUAAUGAGCCACACUUUAGCAGGGAAGCGAAAACUCAGACGGACUCUCCAAACAAAGCCCCAGAAACGGAGGAGAAAAAAAUCAGCCCCACAGUCUGCACUAUUGAAGAGAAAGUCAUGAUGGGAAUCGAAGAGAAUGUGCAGAAAUGUCAAGAGCAGGAGAAGGUCGCUGCCAGCGAGGCCAAACAGAAGACGGGCCCCUCUCUGGCGAACUGGUUUGGCCUCCGUAAGAGCAAACUCCCAGCUCUGAGUGGUAAGAAAACAGACUCCCCCAAGGGAAAAGAGGAGAAGAAAGAGCUCAAGAUCGGAUCAGUGCUCGGAGGCAAACAGAUGAAGUCUGACAAGAAGAAGGAUAAGAAGAAAAAUGACAGCCAGCAGAAAGACAGUCAGGAGGUGCAGAAUCUGUCCGAGAUGAACAACAAGCUGAGCUCCAUCAUGGACCACUGCAACAAUCAGAUGGGUCAGAUCGCCAGUCAGAUCCAGUGCACGACAGCGUUUAUCGGCAAAGACCAGUUCGUGAAAGAGCUUCUUGGCAGGACCGCUGUGAAGGGCAACUCUGUGGCUGCAUCGCCGCCUGGGAUCUCCACACCCAAGAAACACGGCGAAAUGAAGGGAGAUAUGGAGAUCUGUCCAGAUACCGCUACCCUGAUCAUGACUCAGAGGAUCAACCUGAGGGCUGAAAAUGAGGAGGCACGCAUCCCAGACACAGCCUGUCAAGAUCACAUGAUCGGCUCCGGCUGUCAGAUGAGAACCCUGGACAGCGGGAUCGGCACCUUCCCCCUCCCCGAUUCCGUCACCCGGGCCAGCGGUCGCCACAUCCCUAAAUCCGAAUCCAGUCCCGAUGGGGUGACCGCCGGCUCCUCCUCCUCCGAGCUCGACCCGGAGCCUCCCUCCUCUCACACAGACCCCUCUCACCCCGAUGUGAAAGUGCCUUCCCUCCCAAAAACCCGCCUGCAUGCUCCUACCAGCAUGGGUCACUCCCUGUCCGACCCCACUGUGACCUGCAGCAGCAACGGCCCAGACACCCAGAGCCGCCUGCCCAAAUUAGCAACUUCAGAUGCAAUCAGGACAAAGAGGUCGAGUCUUUGUGCUCCACGGAGCAACAUCCCCACAGAGGACAAAGAGAAAGAAGCAGAGAGGAAGAUGAAAAUCAAGGACUAUGAUAUGCCUGGUGAAAGAGCCCUGAGAGUGUGCACGUACUCAGGCAGCAGCAGCAGCGACACCGAGACUGAACUCGAGGAAACCGGAAGCACUCUGGGCUCGCCGCAGAGGACCCUGAUCAACAGACCCAAGAAGACUGACUCAGUCGACCGGAACGAGGAGACCCUGAAGAGAAGCAGCGUGGUGGAGAAAUCUUUGUCGAUCAUGGACUACUACCAACACGACGUGUUCUCACAUCUGGAGAAGGACAGCAGGAGGAUCUCCCAGUACAACCUGUUGCACAAAGAGUCAUCCCUCGAUGGCAAAGCAGGAGACAGACUCAGCAAGGAGAUUCCCCUGGAGAAAACGCCCGUCAGUGCAAACCAGCCGGGCUCUCUCGACUUCUCUCUGGAGUCCCUGAACAAGCUGAAUCACAGCAGCUCUGCCAGCGGUUUAGGCGGCCGCAGAGGCGACUGCCACACCGAUGUGGGGAAGAGCUCGGAGGACUGCUGCAAGGUGGACGAGCCCUCUUCCUCCAGCUUCUCUGGAAAGCCCGGGGCGGAUCCUGUGGGCUCCCUGAGCGACUCUCUGUACGACAGCUUCUCCUCCUGCACCAGCCAGGGCUCCAAUGAUGUGUAGGAGGCAAAGAGUAGGAGGGCGGGGCUGUAGUGAAGGAGGCCGGUCCAUGUCCUGAGUCUGGCCACUCCUCCUUGUUGAGUUCUCUCUUGGAAAUCCCGUAGUAGGACGUUGAAGGCUAACGACUCGGACUGGACGAACAGAUUCUUGACUACAGCCCUGCCCCAACAUAAAGAGCCCUGUCCUCUCUACACACAACACAAAGCACUUAGUGGAGCUGGAGACACGAGGACGAAACCUCAACCCAAACACCAAACCAGGACUUGUAAUAGUUUGACUCUGGGUGUGGUGGAGCGGACAGCAAUACUCAACGUUGUCUCAUUGCAAUUUGUAGUUUUCUUCUUUCCCCCCACGCUGGGGAACGUCUUAUCAUUGCACUGUAACAAAUACUGUACAAAGUUUGUAAGGAGUGUAAAGUGAAUUUAUUUGCAAUUAUUCAAGCAGUGAUGAAGCAGGGCAUCUUGGGGCAACACUGAUGGGCAACAUUGGCAUACAAUUGCUUUCAGUUGCAUUCCUGUCGGCUAGGAAACUAGAUUUAAACCCAGGGGGGUCAUUUUAUGUUUUGCUGCUAGGUACGUUGCCCAUUAAAGUUGUCCAAAAAAUUGCCCAAUGCAGACUCAGCAACCCAUAAUAACACACCUGGCUCAUCCUCUUCCUUUUUUAAAUCACACUUCCUGUUGAUUUGAAAUCAUUUUAAAGGUAAAACCUGUUGCCAAUCUUGGCUCUGUGUGUGAUCUUUUGAGCAGUUAUGCAAAACAAAGCAGAAAAUAGUGACAAACGUUGAUCACUCAGCUAAUAAAACUCACUUUUAACAGUAGCUUAUCUCAUGAUGUCAACACAUGUUGAUGUUUCCUCAUGGUACAUGAACUAAUGUAUGGAUGUUUCGUGUCAGACUGACAGGCAGGUACAUUAAACAACCAACGUUUUGGCUUGAACGCACCCAGUGUCAUUGUUGGUAGCUCAGGGAACAUACUGGACUAAUGUAGAUUGUAAGACUUUUAAAUGCAGCCAUCAGGAAAAAAUACAAAUAACACUCAGCUUUUCUUUAUUUUUUAUUUUUUAUUUCCUGAUACAAAACUCCUCACAGUCUAGUUUCUCCUCUAAUGUAGCACAGCAAACCUGAACUCUCCAAACCUCAGUUCUCCUCUCAUAGUUGUAUAUUAUGUUGUAUAUAAAAAUUGCUAUAAGUUAAUAUCAGAAUGGGCAUUGCUGAUUGAUAUAUGCAAAAUAAUAAUAAUAAUAAACAAAAACAGAUGUAAAUCGUUUGCCAAUCAUUCAACCAAGGUUUUUAGUCUGCUGUUUGAGAAUGGCAUGUUUCUUUUGUUAUGGAAUUCUUUAGGGGUUCUUGUUUAAAAAAAAAAAAGUCUUUAUUUUGAUCGAUAAGAGCUAAUGCUAAAAUAUUUUAUCACUUUAUUUUAAAGACAUAUUUGAAUUUUAGGCUGACAUUAUGCCAAAUUUCUAUCUGGAAUUUGACCAGCUGGUGCUAUAAUCAACAGAGCCGACUGUGUGUUUCAAUUUUUCUAUGAAACUGUUAAUAUUGUAUGAAGAGAGUCUGAAGAGGACUUGUGUAUUUUUCUAGAUGUCCAGUAUUUAUACCCACAUUUUGUACUGUCAGACUGUAGUGUGAUUGUCAUGCUUCACCUCUCUCCUUAAAUGUUCCUGGUUCCUUUGUAAAGAGAAAUGGUUACCAGCAGUGUUACUUUGGUAAUUAUUAUUAAUAUUAUUGUUAUUAUUACUGUGUGCAAUUUUGUCUGUUACACUAGACUUUAAUGCUAUAUUUUAUGUAACUAUUUCCUAAAUAAAUAUGAGAAACUAUUUCCUAUUUCAA